UUGUUUUGUCUUGUUGACAGGGUCUCACUUGGUAGCCCAUAUUGGCCUCAAACUUGCAGCAGUACCCCUGCCUCAGCCUUCCAAGUGUUGGGAUUAUAGACAUGCACCACCGUGCCCAGCAGAUUUUCCUUUUUAAAGACUUACUUUUUCCACUUAAGUGUUACAUUUGUUAAACAGCCCCUCUCUGUAUUCACUGUCUACUAUGGUGCAGUAAAUUGUCCUCGCUGAGCAACUUAAAACAAGACAUUUAUCAUCUGGGUUUCUGUCAGGUGGAAUCUGGGAGUGGCGUAACAGUGUGGUUUCCUUUGAAGUUGCUGUUGAGCUGCUGACCAUCCUCGAAGUCAUCACCAGGCCUGCAUCUCACUCACUUUGGCAAGCCAGAGGCUGCACUGCCAAGCAUAGUCAUGGGGUGGUCCUUGGCUGCAUGGCUCCUGGAUCUCUCAGUAGGUCGAUUGAGUAUCUUUCCAGCAUGGCAGCUGGCUUCUCUCAGACAAUUGGUGCCAUUUUCUCUUUUGCUACCUGUGGAGGUUUUAAGGGCAAAACAGAAAUUCUAGUGAGUUGUCCUCCAGGGGCUGAGAAUAAAACUGUUACAGCUACUUUUGGUUAUCCAUUCAGGUUAAAUCAGGCAUCGUUUCAGUCAUCUUUAAAUGUGUGUGAUGUGGAUUGGAAAAGCCAAGUCCUCAUAGGCGAUUACUCCUCUUCUGCGCAAUUCUAUGUUACAUUUGCAGUCUUUGUGUUCUUGUACUGCAUUGCCGCCCUUCUGCUCUAUGUUGGUUACACGAACCUGUACCGGGAUAGUCAUAAACUUCCCAUGAUUGACUUUAUUGUCACUGUUGUUGCCACUUUUUUGUGGUUGGUGAGUACAUCGGCCUGGGCUAAAGCUCUUACAGAUAUUAAAGUAGCUUCAGGUCCCAGGAUUGUUCAGGAACUUAUGCCUUGUAAGAAGUCAACAGUAAUAUGCCAUUUUGGCUCUGUGACAAGUAUGGGAUCCCUGAAUGUAUCUGUGAUCUUUGGCUUUCUGAAUAUGAUACUGUGGGGAGGAAAUGCUUGGUUUGUGUACAAGGAGACCAACUUACACAGACCCUCAAACACUUCUGCUCCCCAUGGCCAAGGAGGGACUGCUGCUCCUCCCGGGAUGUAAUUCAGGGAGAAAUACACUGAACCAAACCUGUGUCUGUACCUGACUUGUUACCAACAUUUGAGAAGCAUUUUUUUUUCUAAUAAAAGUAAUGGCUUUUCCAUAAAUUGGUGGGUUUAAAAUUUUGCUGCUUUUUUUACGUAAACUUGUGCCUUUCCUAGACAUUUAAGAUGUAAAUGUAUUCUUGCAUGUAAAUUUGAAAGUUCAGGGUCUGAGAUGAUACACGUUUUUAAAUGAACAGUGAUGUUUUCACUAAGCUGUUUGGCUUUCAAAGUGUUUACAACCUUAGGCCUUAGCAUAUCUUUACUUAGAAAACGAUUAUUUUGUCAUGUCAUAAUACAAAAUCUUUAUUUGGAACAUACACUACUGUAAGUUUGUAUAGAUCAUAUACCUAAGAGCGGUCUUUGUUUUAAAAACUCUUAAUUAUAUAAAUUGUAUUCAGAAAAAACAUAUAGUUCUAAUUUUGUGUCUGAACAUUGUUCACAUUAUAAAAAUGUUUUAAUUGCAAAGACUGGGUAUAUGUUUUGUUUCUGUUUUUUCAAAUGACCUGCCUAUUUAAUAGGUGUACUAAAACUGUUAGAAGCAGGGACUUGGAAAUAUCUAACAGAUGUGCAGUUCAUUUAGUACUUCUGGUACAUGACGUCUGAGCUUCUAUGCUACUGGGUGGCUUAAUAGGCUUGCUAGAAGUAAAACCCAGUUCACCUGAGUGCUUUAUAUGGCUAGGCAUUGCUCUCAGUGAUGGAUUUAUUGGCUCUCAUGUUACUGAUGCCAUGUAAGUGCAGGCUGGGACCUGGUCUUCCAAAAGUAGCAAUACAAUAAGCCCUCUUUUUUGCAGACCUUAUUCAGAGGGUUAAAAAUAAUAAAAUUGUCUUUUACUUUAGAAACAGUUAACAUUGAGAGUCUAUGAAAUUGCUUCUUUGAGGUUAGCCUUGAUAUUGUGAAAAUAAAUGAUUUGAACUCCUUGUUAAUAUCUUUAUUUUACAAAUGGAUGGUUAAGAAAUUAUGCAUCAUAAAAGAACUUCAGUGAACAAUAUUAUGAAUAUACUCUGCACACACAUUUGAGUAUAUUCUGUAUACAAUGCUUAUUCAUAUUUUCCUUCCUGAUCUUUUUGUUUUAUAGGAAUCUAGACUUUCUAUUAUUAUGUGAUUGUUUAUGUGGAGCACGUCUUGCUAUUACCUUAUUUUUGUUGUCUAUUCAUGACAAAAAUGUCAAUAUGAGAAUGUAUAUGUUUUAUGCAACAAAGUUAAUAAAGAAGCUAAAAGAA